AUGGCUGGCGAAGAUCUCACCUUCGAUCGGCUCAAGGAAGUCUGCAAGGGCUACAUCUGUCGCAAUACCGACCCCUUUGUCUCUGCCAACCUCCCGCCUGGCAACUUCAGUGUUGCAACUUUCCCCAUGACAGAGAUGAAGCCCGCUGACAAUGCAGCCUCGCACUUCUUCGAUCUGGUGGAGCAAAGAGGUGACGACGCCCUCCUGCAGAUGGUGAUCACGCAGGGCAAGACGCGGAAGAUCAAGCCCUCCGAGUUUGAGAAGACGGGCUAUGGCAAAUGCUUCCGCCCUCUGUGGAUGAGCGGUUGUUGGAUCUGGAACUUUGACCAGUCUGCCUUUCUGAUGCUUGGUGAAGCAGGCGCGGGCAAGAGCCCACGCGAGUCUAAGCUCCACGCACCUCACAACGCCCUCGAGCGUUCGCGGCGGGCGCUCCUCUUCGUCAGGAAGGGCUUCGUGGAGGACAAGGACAAGGAGAAGACCAUAUCCUUCGGUCAAGGUGCAAAGCGGCAAGAUGUUGAAGCCAACGAAGCCACGUUUGACAAGAGCUUCUCUCCAUCAGGGGCAGAUGACAACAAGUUCAUGGAGUGGGAGUAG